AUGCAGCAAAAGACUAUAAAUGCAACAUGGGUUCCUUCUUAUCAACAACACCUCACCUUCAGGCUAUUACUAUGCAGCCUUGAGGCUUCUUCUAUGCCCAAUCCGGACUGCACCGGCCUCGCAUGCUUCACCAGCGCUGCCCUCAUCCCGCAUUCAUACGAUAAACAUGAUACUUCUAAGCCUGAGAACGGGUAUAUCUCUAUGGCAUACUAUGCAAAUUGGGCCAUAUACAAUGACCACUAUCUGCAGCAUAUCCCCGUCGACAAACUCACCCACGUCCUCUAUGUUUUUGCGAACAUCACCGAAACCGAUAAAGACAAUGUCUACGGAUGCAUCAAACAACUGGGUCUCCUAAAGCAGAAAAACAGACGUCUAAAGGUUCUUCUGUCAAUAGGCGGGUACACAAACUCACAAAGCUGGGCUGGUAUUCUCCAGGCUGAUGCAAACCGAAAGAACUUCGCCCAGUCAGCUGUCAAGUUGAUGCAUGACGUGGGGUUUGAUGGGCUGGACAUCGAUUGGGAGUACCCCAAAAUAGAUAGUGCAAAAGAUAUGGUGGCUCUCCUGAAGGAAGUAAGAGAGGAACUGGACAGAUGCAGCAAUGAGCAUGCGAACGGCAACCAUUUCCUGCUAACUAUUGCCUGCUCAGCCGGUGCCUCGAACUACAAAGUUCUUCCAACGUCUGAGAUGGAUCAAUAUCUCGAUCUCUGGAAUCUGAUGGCAUACGACUACGUCGGCAGUUGGGUAAAUACAACCGGCCACGCAGCUAAUCUCUAUCCCAACACCUCUAAUCCCGAAACCACUCCCUCUAGUACAGAUGAUGCUAUAAAAUUCUAUACUUCCAAUGGCGUAUCACCCAAAAAGAUUGUCCUCGGAAUGCCGCUUUACGGCCGCUCAUUCAUCAACACUGCUGGACUAGGGCAGCCCUACGUUGAUGUUGGGACGGGCAUGGGCGAUGCCGGAAUUUGGCAAUACAAGGUUUUGCCGUUGGCUAAUGCAAAGGUUGUUGAGCUACCCAUGACAGGGGCCAGUUAUAGUUACGAUGAGAAAACAAAGAUGUAUGUUUCCUACGAUACGAUGAAUAUGACCAUUUUCAAGGUGGGGUAUAUCAACACGAAAGGCCUUGCAGGUGGAAUGUGGUGGGAGACCAGUAUGGAUAGAGUUGGGGAACACAGCCUUAUUGGCACGCUUGUUCGAGAACUCGGUGGUACUGACGCUUUGCAAAAAUCCGAAAACCAUAUCGAUUUUUCCUGGUCGAAAUACGCAAAUGAUUUGAGGAUUAUCCUCAGAGAUCUAUUAGAAGAUUUUCAAGACUGUUCAUUCUAA